UUUCCAGCACUGGCCUUGAAAUUUUGCAAUUUCAGAGUAGCAAUAGUAAACAUUUUUGCUUAGAACAUUUUAAUGUUAAAUUAUUAUAAAUUGUAAAGAAUAACGGGCAACACAAAGAAGCAAAGCCAACACAGAAGUGCACAAGUCAAAUCCGCUGAAUUCUAGUUAACGCAUACUAUACAUAGCAUCCAAGGCGAGAGAACGUGUGUUUGUGUGUGUGUGUUAGAGAGAGAGAGGGAAAGAGACAGCCCGAAGACGUCCCAGAAAAGGCAACAUCAAAAUGGGAAAUGAAACAUCGCUGCCCAUGGAAAUGUGUUCCAAUUUCGACGCUGAUGAGAUUCGUCGAUUGGGCAAACGUUUCCGCAAGCUCGAUCUGGACAACUCUGGAGCAUUGAGUGUGGAUGAGUUUAUGUCUUUGCCUGAAUUGCAACAGAAUCCGUUGGUGCAGCGGGUGAUUGAUAUAUUCGAUGCCGAUGGCAAUGGUGAGGUCGAUUUUAAGGAAUUUAUACAGGGUGUCUCACAGUUUAGUGUCAAGGGUGAUAAGUUAUCAAAGCUGCGCUUCGCUUUCCGUAUCUAUGACAUGGACAAUGAUGGCUAUAUAUCCAAUGGAGAACUGUUUCAGGUUCUCAAAAUGAUGGUUGGCAACAAUCUGAAGGAUACACAACUGCAACAAAUUGUGGACAAGACCAUUGGAUUUGCGGAUAAAGAUGAGGAUGGUAAAAUCUCAUUCGAUGAGUUCUGUUCGGUUGUGGGCAAUACGGAUAUACACAAGAAGAUGGUUGUUGAUGUUUAAGGGAUUUUCAAUUUAAUCGAGUCUCUCCGUUUUCUAGUUACUAUUUAUUUCUUUCAAUCUUUCAUUAUUAUUUUUUUUAUUACAAAUAUUAUUAUACUAUUGGUUAUUGAUUGUUUUUGUUAACAAAAAUACCUUAAUGAAUAUCAACUUUUCUGAAAGAAAACCAAAACGCAAAUACACACGCACACAAACAAAGAAAACAAAACACACACACACAAACAUGCAUACAAUUUUUUGAAAAAGUUGUUAUUUUAAGUCAUAAAGUCAAAACGAAAGGAAACUAAAAACAAAAA